UAUUAUUUGUUUCAAGGAAUUGAUAUUCCAUAAAAUUAUUUGCUAAAAAUGUAAAUUGAACAUCAGAAUAGCGAAGACACAAGAAAAAUAAAUAUGAAAAGAAAAAUUAAAAAUUUUCACUAAAUAAUUUCUUUUAUCAAAUUCAAUCAAUUUUACCACAUCUCCAAAAUCCCCAGUAAUUAGCAGCACGCUAAUCGUCUAGGCCCCGGCCUUUUAUACUAUUUAUCUAUUCUUUCCGUUUCUUUCCUUUGUCUUUCCUUUCCUUGCCUUCUCCAGUUCACAUUGACACUUUCUCCCUCACUUUUCCGUUGUCUUCCACCACCACCGCCUUCCCAAAUUCCGAGCAAAAAAAAAUAAAAAAUCAUGGGCGUUGAUUAUUACAAUAUUCUGAAAGUGAACCGCCACGCCACCGACGAGGAUCUCAAAAAGGCUUACAAAAGGCUUGCCAUGAUUUGGCACCCUGACAAGAACCCUUCUUUCAAACGACCCGAAGCCGAAGCCAAAUUCAAGCUCAUUUCCGAAGCUUACGAUGUUUUGUCCGACCCCCCAAAACGACAGAUCUACGAUCUUUACGGCGAGGAGGCUCUUAAAUCAGGACAAUUACCGCCGUCUUCUUCUCCAAAUCAAUCUUACGCUUCCACGUCCUCGUCGUAUCCGCGCGGUGGGAGCCAUUACUAUAAUAGUAAUCAGAGGCAGCACCCCAAUAAGGCGUCGUUUCGGUUUAAUCCGAGGAACGCGGAUGAUAUAUAUGAGGAGCUGUUUGGGGGGGAAGCGAAUGUUGGAGGAGGGGGUGGAAGGGGAAAUAGAGGGUUUAGAGAAGGGUAUUUUAGUAAUAAUAAUGGUUACGGGAGUGGUAGCAGUAGUAGUAAUGGAGAAAUGAGGAAAGCUGCUUCUGUGGAAAACGUGUUGCCUUGUAGCUUAGAAGAUCUUUAUAAAGGUGCCAAGAAGAAAAUGAAGAUUUCCAGGAAUGUUUUGGACCCUUCCGGUAAGUUUAGGACUCUGGAGGAGAUAUUGACUAUUGAAAUAAAACCUGGUUGGAAGAGGGGCACAAAGAUCACAUUCCUUGAGAAGGGUAAUGAGGAGCCUGGCAUAAUUCCUGCUGAUAUUAUUUUUGUGAUAGAGGAGAAGCCACAUUCUCUUUAUAAGAGGGAUGGUAAUGAUUUGGUCGUCAAUCAGGAGAUUACACUUCUGGAGGCCCUCACUGGUAAGACUCUUGACCUGAUUACCCUGGAUGGGAGAAACCUCAUGAUCCCACUGACUGAUAUCAUUAAGCCCGGUGCCGAGAUUGUGGUUCCAAAUGAAGGAAUGCCUCUCUCAAAAGAACCUGGUAGGAAUGGUAAUUUGAGGAUCAAGUUAGAUGUCAGGUACCCAUCAAGGCUAACCACAGAACAGAAAUCUGAGCUAGGGAGAGUUUUAGGCAGUGUUUCAUAAUGCUUUGAAUGGUAGUAGGUCUAGAACUUAUUGUUGCAUGUAAAUAUUAUGUAUACGGUUGUAGAAUGCUAAGCCUUGGAAGUUUUUGGAUUUUGCCAUUUGGUUUGGAGGAGCAGAGUGUGGCCCAUAUUGGCUUAGCCAUUGCAAUCAACCAUUUGGAAAUCUAACGGGAAUAGGUUUCAUUCUAACUGGAAGGAGUUGGGUUUCCCCCUUUUUUGGGCAAAACAGGUAAUUAGACCUGGGCUUCUAUAAUUAUUUUCCCCCUUUUAUGUGUGGGUUUUCACUCACAAACUAAAUGCCAUAUGUAGAAAUGUUAAAUACCUUUUUCUUGAACUGUGGCAAAGCAAUUUGCCUUUAAGAAACAAUAAAUUUGGUGUAAUUUUUGUC